AUUUAUCCUGGUCCGAUUUUGGCCUGGUCCUGGCUUCGUCUUACCAGUAGCCCCCGCUGUGUGCUUGCUGCCGCCCCAGGCGCGUGGCGCGCGCAGGCGGCGGCACCUGUGGAUGGCGCCAGAGGCGGAGGUGUGCUACAAUGCCCGCGCGGAGCCCUACGAGAAGUGCCCGCCUCUGGCGGAGUGGCUUCAGAACUACCCGAAGCUCGGCGAGGCGCUGCAGACCUGCUCCUUGCGCUUCGUGGUCAACCUGCCGGAGGAGAGCCUGGUCAGCGCGCCGCGCCUCUGCUUCGAGCUGCAGGAGGCUUAUUGGUUUUAUUUAGAUUACAUCUACGACAAUGCCAAGCGCGAGCUGCCGAAGUUGAACCAGAUGAAUUUCUUCCAUCUGAUCCUCGAGGCCAAUGACGUGCUCAGGUCCAUCUACAGCAACCCGAAGGCAAGGACCCAGCUGUUCAACCAGUGGCGAGAGUAUUGCAAGAAGCUGCCCUUGAAGGGUGCCGUGCUCUUCAACCAGGAUCUCACCAAGUGCCUGAUGGUGCAGCCCUGGAAGGGGGACAAAUGGGGCUUCCCUCGGGGGAAGAUCAACGAGGACGAAGCAGAGAUCGACUGCGCCAUCCGUGAGGUCUGGGAGGAGACGGGUAUCGACAUCUCCGGCAAGCUCGACGCCACUCAUUUCGUGAAGAGUCACGACCGCAGCUCUGGCACCACUGCGGGGGUGAAGCUUUUCAUGGUGCAGAACAUCUCCGAGACGGUACAGGCCGUGCCCAACACGCGCAAAGAGAUCUCGAAGAUCGGCUGGAUUGACGUGCGCAAGCUGCCCAACUGGGACGGCCCGGGGGGCAGCUCGCUGAAGUUCGUCUACGUGGAGCCCUUCGUGCAGGACAUCAAGAAGUGGGUUCAGGAGCUGCGCCCGCCUACGCCGCCCUCCUCGGUCCUCGCUUCCUCAUUCCUCAUUCCGCCUCUUCC